AUGGCUUCCUCCACCAGAUAUCAGCCCGCUCCUCAGCGCGACUCGUUCGAGGAGCAAAACUACACUCAAGCCCCUCCAAACUAUCAGGCUACAGGACCCAGCGCUGACCACGGCAUCUUUGGCGCUCCCAGAACAGAAGACGACAAUGUUCCGGACGACUUCAAGUUUGGCGGCGUCGUCAUCGAAGCGACCCUUGACAUCCGAAUGUCCUUUAUUCGCAAAGUCUAUACCAUCCUGACCGUCCAGCUCCUCCUGACCGCGGCUCUGUCUACGCUUUCGUUCUUUUCCAAGGGUUACAGAAACUGGAUCCAGUCCAACUCGUGGAUGAUGUGGGUGUCGUUGUUCGGGGCCAUCGGAUUCAUGCUCCUUACAUUCUGGAAGCGCAAGUCAUAUCCAACAAACAUGGUCUUUCUGGCUGGCUUUACUGCGUUGGAGGCCUACAGCAUCAGCGUCGUCACGUCGUUCUUCGAAAGCCGCAUCGUCAUCGAAGCUCUUGUCAUCACGUUGGCCAUCUUUGUCUUCUUGACGCUCUUUGCGUGCCAGAGCAAGUACGACUUCACCAGCUGGAUGCCCUACCUCUUUGGUGGUCUGUGGAUAUUGAUCAUUUUCGGAUUCAUGGCCGCCUUUUUCCCGCACGGAUCGACGGUGGAGCUGGUCUAUGGCGCGAUUGCAUCCUUGAUCUUCAGUGGCUAUAUCCUCGUGGACACCCAGCUCGUCAUGAGACACUAUCACGUGGAGGAGGAGAUUGCGGCUUCGAUCAGCCUGUACCUCGACGUUCUCAACUUGUUCCUCUCUAUCCUGAGGAUCUUGAAUGCGACUCAGAACAAUAACUGA